AUGCCGGAACAUAUUCUCAGACCCAAAAGACUUUCUCCUUUGGCAGUUGUUGAAUUUUCUCACCAGACAACUAGUGGUUUUGGGUUAGAUCCUCAUAAUGGACGUGUCACAGCCGAUAUACUAGCUUGGGAGGAGUUGUUGAAGGGCAAACCAGAAUUUGGAAAGUGGAGGACCAAACUUUGUGCUCGUUAUGAUGAUUUGGAGGCUAUCUUUGGAAAUGAUUCUGCUACAGGAGAUCGUGCUGUAACCGGCAAUGACAUUUUAUCCCCCGAACAUGAUGAAAAUGUGCAUGAAGUUGAUGGUCAAAAUGAGGAUACCGAACCAAGUCCCAUUCGCGCUCCUAAGCGUAACGCUGAAGGAGGAACUAACAAAGUUCGCCGUCGACGUACUCAACCUAAUGAUGAGAGUCUCGUUGCCCUAUCAAGCAUUGUCGAAUCAUCUAAAAAAAUUGCUAAUGCUAUGGAGACUCAAGCAACAUUAGAUACACUAAACCACAUCAAUUGGCAGCUAGUUCUAGAAAAACUACAAGGCAUGAGUAUAGAAAAGAGUGAAAUAAUGCAAGUAAUGAAAAUUUUUCGAUCGGAUGAGAAUCUGGCUAGAGUAUUUAUGAGUUUGACUGAUGAAGAAUUCAUGCGUGAUUUAGUAUUUGAGAUUUUGGGCCGUGAUCCGCCUCCACUAUUUUAA